UUUUUUGAUAGUCACUUAAAUCGGUCGCAAUUAAUCUUGCAAAGUAAACAAUUGUCUUGCACUAAUAAAUAUUUAAAAAUAUCCCGGUCUUAACACAUCUGUGAUUGCGUAGAACAAGACAGAAAUUUAAAUAAAAAACGUCGUUGAGAAGUUGCGAUUUACAGUUUUCCUGGCAUUUUAUUAACGACUGUGAUCCAACAAAGACGUGCCAUGGAGUGCAUCCAAGCGAUUUUUCUCGUGUUGUUGCUCACAGUUUCGACUUCCACCAAACAACGAAAGAAAUAUUCGGACCACGACAUUUUAGAAAAAUCGGAAGUUACGGUGAAGUUCCCCACAUACGCUUUGAAAAUUCCACCGAUCAUAACAGCCCGGAAACGCACUAGUACUAACUUAAGUACCACGCCAGUUACUUGCAAUUCUGCGAACGUGUCGCAAGCCCUGAAAGACCUGCGGAAAAAAAUCAAGUGUGUACCACGGGAGACGGUGGUCGAAGUCGCCGCCCCCGACGGCUUCAAAGUGUACCCUAACACUUUUGUAGUCAACCGGUGCGGGGGCAUGUGCACCGGUGGGAAAAAGUGUCUACCAACUAGGAAAACCGACGCUGAAUUUUACGUCAGGAGCGUUAAAAUCAAAACUGGGAUGAAUUACUGUAACCGGAUCAAAGUUCCUGCAGACACAGAGUGUACUUGUGGGUGUCCCGAGAAGAAAAAGUGUUUGAGCGACCAAAAGUUCGACCCGAUUUUGUGUAAAUGUGUUUGUACAAAUAAGGAGGAAGAGGAAAAGUGUUUGGAAAAAUUAAAUAUGAAUUUUAAGUGGAAGUCAAAGGAUUGCACCUGUGGCUGCAAACGGGAAAAAAAUUGCACCACUGGAACUGUGUGGAAGCGGGAGGAGUGUAGGUGCGUAAAAGAGGCAUAAACACGUGUUUGUUAAAUAAUUUAUUAUUUUAUACAAUACUUUUUGAUUAAAUAAAAAUUUGCAAAGUAA